CGGGGUUUUGGUUUUUCAGCACCGUGGACAGCUCACGUCUCUUGUCUCUGUGCUGCGGGGAAGCGACGCUGAAACACAGCUGGACGAUAUAUAACAAAAAAAAAAAAAAAAAAAAAGCGACUCACACCCAUUUACAGAUUCACCUCCAGUUCAACGCACAUCAUCUUUUUAGCCCCAUUUCUUCUCCCCUCUGAUUGAGUUGUCUCGUUUUCCUGCCUGACUGUGGAGUCAAACCGCGUUGAACUGCAUCGCCUCUGCGCCUUCAGCCUGAUCCCCCUCCUUUCUCUUCCUGUUACUGGCAACCACAGUGUUGUGAAAGUGUUUUUUUAUUUAUUUUUGUUUUGUUUUUUGUUUUUUUUGUUUUUUCCUUUGGAGGUGGGAGAGUGGACUGACCCCCUCGGAGUUUUUUUCCCCAUCUGUCCGUGAUUGUCUAAUCCUCUAAACAUCGCAGCUCGGUUCCAUAAUUAUGUUGAGCAGUGGGAUUUUUCUCCAAGUCCGGGAGUGGAUGUUACUUUAGGAUGCAGAAGGAGGAUGAAGUUGAGUAGUUUUAGUAGCCGUCGGUGCAUACUCUGAUAUGAGAUAGGCGACCUGUGUCUGCAACAUUGGCUAUAAUCCUCAGAUCAGAGUGGCUCGGGCACUUUCUCAUUUAUUUUUUUUUCGUGGACAACAGCCAGAGAGCAAGAUGAGGUGCCUGUGUGACUUUUUGAAUUGCACCUAAGAGAGAGAAAGCGAGAGUGGGUCUUUUACCCUGUUACUGCUGCAGGAAGCGACGUUUUUCUUUCUCCAGCCGCCUGAACGAGUUGGGAUCUUGCAUCCGAGAGGAGACCAGGAACUCUGGGGGAAAAAACAAAACAAAACCCAAAGACAUCAGAGUGGGUCUUAUUCCUCUCCUAUCUCUAAGCUGAAAACACACAAAAGCACGAGAGGAAAAUGAAGAAGUUUCGGAAGGUGUUAGACGGUCUGACAACCUCCUCUCCGGGAGGGACUAUCGGAUCCCCAUCGUGCGGCAGCGCGGCCGGGACUCCCACCGCGGCGCCAACUCCCAGAGAAAUCGACGUCCAAGAGACGCUAGUGUCGGAAAACUUUCAGCUGUGUAAGACGGUGCGUCAUGGCUUCCCUUACCAACCCACUGCUUUGGCCUUUGACCCUGUUCAGAAGAUCCUGGCCAUCGGCUCCAGAUCAGGCGGUGUGCGGAUACUGGGGCGACCCGGGGUGGACUGCUACUGUCAACAUGAGAGUGGAGCAGCUGUUCUUCAACUGCAGUUCCUUAUCAACGAGGGGGCGCUGGUCACAGCCUGUGCAGAUGACACACUACAUUUGUGGAAUCUCCGUCAGAGGCGGCCGGCUGUCCUGCAUUCACUCAAAUUCAACAGAGAGAGGAUCACGUUUUGCCACCUUCCCUUUCAGAGUAAAUGGCUGUACGUGGGGACAGAACGCGGAAACACACACAUCGUCAACAUCGAGUCCUUCGUUCUGUCCGGAUACGUCAUCAUGUGGAACAAGGCCAUAGAACUAUCAACUAAAACUCAUCCAGGACCUGUGGUUCAUUUGAGUGACAGCCCAAAGGAUGAAGGCAAGCUGCUUAUAGGGUUUGAGAGCGGGACAAUCGUACAAUGGGACCUUCGGGGCAAGAAGGCCGACUUCAGAAUCUACUACGAUGAGGCCAUCCAUUCGGUCGGCUGGCAUCAUGAAGGGAAGCAGUUCAUGUGCAGUCACUCAGAUGGCAGCCUGACGAUGUGGAACCUCAGAAACACCACCAAGCCAUUCCAGGUCACCUUCCCUCAUGGAAAGAUACAGAAGGACGGGAGAAAGGAGUCAUGUAAACCCAUACUCAAAGUGGAGUACAAGACCUCGAGAAGCAGUGACCCUUUUAUUAUCUUCUCUGGGGGUCUUUCAUAUGACAAGGCAGGACGGCGGCCAACAUUAACCAUAAUGCACGGCAAGGCCAUCACUGUGCUGGAGAUGGACUAUCCUAUUGUAGAGUUUAUGGCACUCUGCGAGACUCCUUACAACAACGAGGUGCAGGAGCCUUACGCAGUGGUGGUGCUUUUGGAGAAGGACUUAAUUGUGGUGGAUCUGACACAGAGCAACUUCCCUGUCUUUGAGAACCCGUACCCAAUGGACGUCCAUGAGUCUCCGGUUACCUGCACAGCCUAUUUUGCAGAGUGUCCACCAGACAUUAUCCCCAUCCUCUACUCUAUAGGAGCUAAACACAAGAAGACUGGCUACAGCCAAAAGGAGUGGCCAAUCAGUGGAGGAACAUGGACGUUAGGCUCCUACACCUACCCAGAGAUUAUAAUAACAGGACAUGCUGAUGGAUCGAUUAAGUUCUGGGACGCAUCUGCAAUCACAUUACAGAUGUUAUACAAACUGAAGACCUCCAAAGUGUUUGAGAAGCCAAAGCUGGGUGAAGGCCGAGCAGCUGAGUUGGUGGAGGAAGAUCCAUUUGCUAUUCAAAUGGUCAGCUGGUGCCCUCAGAGUCGCAUCUUCUGUGUGGUUGGCAUCUCAGCCCACAUCAUCCUGUAUCGCUUCAGCAAACAAGAUGCCAACACUCAGAUAGUGUCGCUAGAGGUGCGCCUACAGUGUGAGUCGGAAGAUGUCAUCUCUCCAUCCGAGAAUGAAAACAAUCCCUGCUUCACAGAGCCCGGCUCCCACUCACCCCAACCCCAUCACCAACACCCAGCUAGCCCCGGCAGUGGGACACCCGAGGGUAUCAAAGACAGCAUCCCCUGCCUUAAGGUGAAGGACCGGAUGGUUCGUGUCCCUCCUGGCUACCAGGCAGAGCUGGUCAUCCAGCUGCUGUGGGUAGAUGGAGAACCUCCACAACAGAUCACCAGCCUGGACAUCAACUCAGCCUAUGGCCUUUUGGCGUUUGGGAACUCUAAUGGCCUAGCGGUGGUGGACUACUUGCAGAAAACCAUCCUGUUGUGUAUGUCGACACUGGAUCUGUAUGGAGCCGCCGAUCCCUACCAGCGCCUUACCCGCUCCCCCCGCAGGAAUAGACAGUCCACCUCAGAGUUUUGCAUGCGUGGCCUAUCUAACUUUUAUUCAGAUUCAAAGAAAAGGAUCCGUACAUCCUAUCAGAGCCUUACUGAACUCUCUGACAACCAGCAGUCCAUCGACAUGGAGAGAAGCAAAUCGCCCACCUCAGUUCAUUACCCAACUUCCCUUCACAAUGACCCACGCGUCCUGCCAGAGCCCGUGGCCAGUCUGAGAGCCAGCCACUGCAGUCCAGUCUUUUACUUACUGGACAAUGUAAAGGGACCCGGCAGAAAGUUAAGUCUGCCAACAGAUCUUAAGACUGAUCUUGAUCAUGUCAAUGGACAUUGCACUAGCCCCACCUCCCAGCCGUGCUCGGCAGGGAAGCCUCGCGUUCCGAUGGGUCCUGAGGGGCCACGGCUUACCCGUAGAGGCCCUGGCCGACCGCCCUUCCGCAAGGCCCAGUCCGCUGCUUGCAUGGAGAUCUCCUUGCCUGUGUCCCACACUGAAGGUUAUGCAUCCAGGAGGGCUAUGCUUCAGCAGUUACACGGAGUCACUAUGUACUCCCACGAUGAAUACCACACCAGCGCCCCCUACUGCUGGAGCGAGAGAGAGAGUCGUGAAAACUCCUUCAGCCGUUCACGCAGCUCCAGUGUGUCCAGCAUCGACCGGGACACCAAAGAGGCUAUCACCACACUGCAGUUCGGCGAGUCCUAUGCGCGCAAGAGUGACCUUGUGCCCACACCAUGUCUUUGGGUGGGUACCAGCUUAGGUGUGGUCCUGCUCAUUCCAAUGUCCAUUCCCACUGACCAGGAGGAGAGAAUGGAGGAACCUGUGACCAUUGGUCCCAGUGGAGCAGUCCUAAUGCUAAAGGGCUCAGUGUUGCGCUUUGGCUUCUUGGACUGCAUGGGAGCUCUCAUCCAGAGCCCCUAUGAGGUUUGGCGGGAUCCCAAUGCCCCUGAGGACCCUGACAGACUGAGGAAACGCAAGCUGGUCCACUUUUCGCCAUCAUCCUCUCAGGACACCUGCGGAGAGGGACAUCUGGCUGUAGUGUGCUCCGAGAGGCAGGCCAAAGUGUUCUUGAUGCCCUCCCAGUCUUGCCUCUUUGUCCACAACAUCACAGAGUCAUCCUUUGUGCUGCGAGCUGAUGUGGUAUCUGUGUGUAACAGUGUGUGCCUGGCCUGCUUCUGUGCUAAUGGACACAUCAUGACACUCAGUUUGCCCAGUCUAAGACCGCUGAUGGACAUCAAUUACCUGCCUCUGACAGACAUGCGCAUUGCAAGGACCUUUUGCUUCACCAAUGGGGGGCAGGCACUGUAUCUCAGCUCCCCGACAGAGAUCCAGAGAAUUACGUACAGCCAAGAGAUGUGUGACAACCUGCAGGAGAUGCUGGGAGAGCUGUUUACACCAACAGAAACACCAGAAGCCCAGAACAGAGGCUUUCUAAAGGGCUUCUUCGGAGGAAAUGCCAAUACAUUUGACAGAGAGGAGCUCUUUGGUGAGGCAGCAGCUGGGAAGGCUUCUCGGAGUCUGGCCCAGCACAUCCCCGGGCAGGCUGGGAUGGAGGGUAUGAAGGUAGCAGCCAGUGGAGUAGUGGGUGAGCUGGCGCGGGCCCGCAUUGCUCUGGAUGAGAGAGGCCAAAGGCUGGGAGAGCUGGAGGAACGAACUGCCCUAAUGAUGACCAGUGCAGAAUCCUUCCACAAACACGCUCAUGAGCUGAUGCUAAAGUGCAAGGACAAGAAGUGGUACCAGUUCUAAUACCAGGACAGAGGGGGAAGGCUGCCCUUGUACUGCUGGAAACUUUAUGCCGGGAGAGGGACUUUUCACUCUGCAAAUGAGAGCAAUUAAAAGAGAGACACCUGAGUGACUUUGUCUUUUACAGCUCCAGAGCUGGCUAUAUGUGCGGCACUGUCACAUUGUUGAAGGACGAUGACAGGCUUGCUCCUUAUCUAGACAUGUAGUGAUAAGGAGAGAGAAAGAGGGUGGCGUCAUUUAAAGGACUGAAGACGGAACUAGAAAUAUCCGACAAGUCUGUCCAUGUGCGUGUGUGUGUGUGCACAUGUUUGAGCGUGUGCCUGAGUGUGUGUGUGUGCGUGUGUAUUUGGUUGGGUUUUCUGGACCUCACUGUGUAGAUAUCAAAAGUUAAGAAACCAACAAGAAAUGCAUGAAACAAAAAUGGAUGACUAUUAAAAAUAUCCAACUGCCAUAUUAAAAAGCAGCAUGCUACUUUAACAGGAGAUACAAAAAUAAAAAAAAGAAGUUUUAUUUAAUGAUGUAAGCCAACAACAGAGACUAUGAAAUACUUUAUAUUUUUUGAAAUAUUGACAAAAAAACUAUAUAUAAAAAGGGAAAUGUAUACCUGCAUUGCUAUUAAGCCAAAACUUGUGUUCCUUUCCCUUUUUUUAUUUUUUAUUUUUGGUUAAUUUACAUUUUUUUUCUUAGUCUCAGCAAAUAUUACUUGCCACAAUAUAGAUACAUAUAGUUAGCUUUCUCAACACACACUUAGAAUAAUGCUAAAACUAUAUUCUUAUCAAGUACUCUGGGCUGCACAACGCAAACACAAAUCCGUAGUAUUUACACUUACCUCUGCACAUUCUAAUCACACUAAUUUAAUUCCACUUUUUGGCUGCUGCUACUUACAAAAGCAUCAGAUGACGAUGAGGAAUAUCUCACUCCCCAACUACAGUUGUAUGAAAACAGAGAGCAGAUUGGUGUGAGGUGUACGUAAAGGCCGAAAGAGUUAAGAGAGAAUUGUGGACACAGUGUGUUUAUAUCUAUAGUAUGAAUCUAUAUACUAUUCACGUGCCAUAAAAAAACAAGGUGAGUGAAUCCACUCACUGUAAACUAACUAACAAAGAGCUAAUCUGUGGUAGUGAUCAUGUGUUUCCUGUUUGAUGAGAACAGAUGAGAGAUAGUAUUUGGAGUCGGCCAUAGAGGACAUUUGUCAAAGUCAAAUAAGUCAGUUUUCUUUAUAAAAAAUAUAUAUGAGGGUGUUUUUUUAUUUAUUUUUUUUGGUUGUUGCUGGUUCACCAUUUGAGUAUUUAGCUGCCUUUGUCAGAUGUAUGAGUUUAGUGAGCCAUUAGGUUGUGUGUGUGUGUAUGUGUGUGUGUGUGAUAAAGAGAGAGAGAGAGAGAGAGAGAGAGAGAGAGAGAGAGAGUGCCACAAAUGUUAAAUAACAGGACUCUUUCUCUACCAAAGCAAUCAAACAUGAAUGAUACCGUCCCAUCUCUCUCCACCUCAGGCUUUUAAUAGUUAUUAAAGCGUUUUUCACCUGAGCGGCCCUCUCUUCACGAUCACAAACAAUACUUUUAACGAUUGUCACUGUCUUUGGGAGUGCGUACAAGAAAGUUGGAAUCACAUCCAUUUAAUCGCUGUCAACAAAAGGUUCAGGAGAAGUUAAAAGUAUUUUUUUUUCCAGUUAUGUGCAGAUGUGAGUCAGUGAAGAAACUGUGUACAUGUGUAAAACAUUUUCAGCGAUUUCAACUGAAGGCAAACGUGUUAUUUUUCUGUUUCAAUAUUGUUCUUGAUGACUAUGAUAUCCUCUUGUCGCAGUCUUAUAUUUGAUGGUGACGGCCUCUCAACCGAAGGCUCUUGUAUGUUAAAAAUAACAUGUUUCAUGAUACAUGGUUGUGUAUCAUAUUGUGAUUGUGUUGUUGUACAUGUCAAUGGGUAGCCACAUGACACGGGCAAACAGCAUUAACUGAGGAGGAUAUUUUGUACUUGUGUAUUCGUCUGUACUUUGAAUUGAAUCUGAAAAACCAAACAGAGGAUUCUUGACAUCCAUCUCACACACAUCUGGCCUUUAUGCACACAAGCAAUGACACAAAUAAAGUGUUGCGCCUUCAUCACUCCCACAUAAAUAUGCACAGCGACAAACACACAAAACCUGAAAAAAAAAACUAAUCAAAAAAACAGACACAGGUGAAUCUGCAUCACUAGUCAUUUCUGCCUGCUUCCUGUCAGGCUGCUGAGGCGUUCCUUAGGCAUAAAUGGCCUUCAAACCCAUUAGUUUUCACCAGACUCAACUCACCUGAAAUCCUAAAACAGUGCCACGUGGAUUCCAGGAAUUACACAUGAUUUGAUUCAAUGAGGUGUCUUAAACAUGUCAAAAAAAAAAAAAAAAAAGUUCUCUCCUAUCUCUGUACCGUCAAUGAGAUUUGUGUUCAGUGCAGUUCUUUCAGUGGCUGAGAAAACACACAAAAAAACAACAAACAAAACCAAAAGAAAAAAAAAAAAUCUGACUUCUAUUGACAGGGUGUUUUGUUAGUAUGUUUUUGGUUUGUAUGUUUUGGUUUUUAUAUUAACUGUACAGUUCAAUCUUGGGAGAAAGGUGAAACAAAAAACGAUAAGAUAAAGACAUUCUUGGGAUAUUUUUCUCUGUAUAUGUUGUACCUGUUACUGCUGGUACUGUAUCUGGUAUUAUGGCUCUGUCUAAAUCACUGGAACUCUGUAGUUCUUCACACUGUAGUAUCCUGAAAAAGCAUUUCUCUGGUUUUCUCAAUGAUGGCAGCAAAGUUUGUCUUAUUUAAAUGGAUUCUACCACUUUUUGUUCUUAUUGAUAUUAUACUAGUGUAAUAGAAAUUACUUGACAAAAAAGAACUGAAAACAUGUUGAUGCAAAAGCAAACUGAAAUAAACAUUGAUUGAUGUA